CUCAAAGUGCGUGCUGUGUUCCUCUGCCAGCAGUGACCUGUCACUUUAAAAGAAAAAAAAGCCGCCGAGUGACCUUCCUUAGAAACGGGUUGCUAAGUGGGUGUUUUUGCAGAGUCGUGGCAGCAGCUUCCCAGGGAGCAGUCCAGGGACCGCCCCAACAUUCAGCCUUUCCCGCUGGAUUUUUUGUAGAAGAUUCAACCUUGAGACCAUCUCUCGCCACUUUCCCUCCAUCCCAGGAAGCGGAAUCUGCAAAGUGCCUUGAUAAAGUUCCUUAAGGGAGAAGCCACUGUAGCACAAAUGGGUCCCAAGGAAGAAAAAGUGAAAAUCAUCACAGAGGAGUUUAUUGAAGACGGUGAGGAUGCAGGUGCAGGAAGACAGAAGAAGACCCCAAAGGUGCCAAGACAAAAAAGAAAGAAACAGCUGCCAGCGGCUGGCCCCGAGGAAAUGGUGUCCGAAACACCCCGUCUGGACGAGGAACAAGAGCCGGGGCAGGAUGGUUCUGCUGCGCGCCUCCUGGGCUCGAAGACCCGACGAGGCCAACGGAGCUUACCUCCAAUUCCUUCAGCUUCCAGAACAGGCUUUGCCGAAUUUUCCAUGAGAGAACGCAUGAGGGAGAAGUUACAAGCUGCCAGGUCCAAAGCAGAAAGCGCGUUGCUGCAAGAAAUUCCCCCGCCUCGGCCCAGGCGCUUACGAAGUCCUGGUGAGACAGAAGUGGAGACAGAGUUUGGCACAGAGCCGGGUGGAGAGAUGCAAAGAGCUCAACCCGAAGAUGACUCCCAAGGUCAUUCAAGAGUCAAGUUCCACGAUUCUGUACGAAAAAUCAAGUCUAAACCCACGGUUCCGCCUGGCUUCCCUUCUGCCGAGGAAGCCUAUAACUUCUUUACUUUCAACUUUGAUCCCGAACCGGAGGACUCAGAGGAAAAACCAAGAGCAAAAAAUAGAGAUGAAACUAACCAAGAGGAGAAGGAAGGAGAGGAAGAAGAGCCACCUGUGCAAGAAGGAGUAAACCAAACGGAUGAGGAAGAACUGCUUGAAGGCAAAGAUGCUGAGGAUCUCCUGCUGGGCUUGGAUCAGGCAGCUGAAGAUUUUGUGGCAGUUAGACCCGCAGAUUAUGAAAGCAUCCACGUUCAGCUGCAGAUGGAAAAAGAACUCCUGUUCAUACCCAGCAGACUGACAGUGCCUACGUAUAAAAAGCUUCCAGAGAAUGUGCAGCCCAGGUUCCUGGAAGACGAAGGCCUUUACAUCGGGGUGCGACCGGAGGUGCCUCGAACCAACCAGAACAUCAUGGAGAACAGGCUGCUGACGCAGGAUCCGGGGAGGAGGUGGUUCGGCGAUGAUGGCAGAAUCCUAGCUCUGCCCAACCCCAUCAAGCCAUUUCCUUCACGCCCACCUGUGUCACCACGGGAGCAGGACCUUAAGGCAGAACUGGAAACGCUGUAUAAAAAGGCAGUAAAGUAUAUCCACAGAAGUCAGCAUAUGAUUGGAUCUGGAGACCUUCCUGGAAAUUUCCAACUGGACAUUGACAUUGCAGGGCUAAUCUUCACGCAUCAUCCCUGUUUCAGCCGAGAGCAUGUUUUGGCAGCCAAGCUGGCCCAGUUAUAUGACCAGUACCUUGCAAGACGCCAGAGAAACAAGGCACAAUUUCUAACCGAUAAGCUCCAAGCUCUGAGAAAUGCUGUUCACAUGGGCCUUGAUCCAGCAAAAGCUCCUAAGUCUCUUGAAACAACCUCCAAAGCCAUCAAUGAAUAUAAAUCUGAAAUUCGGCAGACAAGAAAACUGCGUGACGCUGAACAAGAGAAGGAUCGAGCAUUGCUUAAGACCAUCAUAAAAGUUUGGAAAGAGAUGAAAUCCCUUCGAGAGUUCCAGAGGUUUACAAAUACACCAUUGAAACUUGUUUUGAGAAAGGAAAAAGUUGACCAGAGAGCAGAGGACGAAGCAUAUGAAGCAGAAAUUCAGGCUGAGAUAAGUGAGUUGUUGGAAGAGCACUCGGAAGAGUAUGAGCGGAAGAUGGAGGAAUACAGAGCCGCACAGCAGCAGUGGAAAGCCUGGAAGAAAGCCCAGAGGGCCAAAAAGAAGAAAAAGAAACAAGCAGUGGAAGAACAUGCCGAUGAGGAGAUGGAGGAGCCAGACCCCGGGGAAGAGCCUGUGAAGCCCAUCCCUCCGGAGCCCAUGGACCAGGCUGUGCUAGAGCAGCAGGUGAGGGAGAGGGCAGCCCAGAGCCGGAGGAGGCCCGGGGAGCCCACGCUGGUCCCAGAGUUGAGCCUGGCGGGGAGCGUGACACCCAACGACCAGUGUCCCAGGGUGGAGGUCUUGCGAAGGGAGGACGUCAGGAGGCGCUCGGUGCACUUGAAGGUGAUCUUCAACAACAAGGAAGUGUCCAGGACCGACAGUCGGCCGCUCGGGGCAGACUUCCGAGUUCACUUCGGACAGAUUUUCAAUUUGCAAAUAUUCAACUGGCCGGAGAGUUUAACACUGCAGGUAUACGAAACCAUUGGACACAGUGGCACCAGCUUGCUAGCAGAAGUGUUUCUGCCUAUUCCUGAAACUACUGUUGUCACUGGAAGGGCUCCUGUUGAAGAAGUGGAGUUUAGCAGUAACCAGCAUGUGACCCUGGACCAUGAGGGCGUUGGAAGUGGAGUCCCCUUCUCAUUUGAAGCUGACGGUAGUAAUCAACUGAUUCUGAUGACCUCGGGGAAAGUGGCCAACAGUGUGGCAUGGGCCAUUGGAGAAAACGGGAUUCCUUUAAUUCCUCCAUUGUCACAGCAGAAUAUUGGAUUUAGAAGUGCUUUGAAGAGAGCAGAUGCCAUCUCGUCGAUUGGCACAUCAGGACUGACAGACAUGAAAAAGUUGGCCAAGUGGGCAGCAGAGUCCAAGCUUGACCCCAAUGACCCCAGCAAUGGUCCUUUGAUGCAGCUAAUCUCGGUUGCUACCAGUGGUGAAUCGUACGUCCCUGAUUUCUUUCGGCUGGAACAGCUACAGCAGGAAUUUAACUUUGUUUCAGAUGAGGAAUUAAACAGAUCCAAACGAUUCAGGCUUCUUCGUCUUAGAAGCCAAGAAGUGCCAGAAUUCCGAAAUUAUAAGCAAAUUCCAAUAUAUGACCGAGAAAUUAUGGAAAAGGUAUUCCAGGACUAUGAGAAACGGUUACGAGACAGAAAUGUAAUUGAAACCAAGGACCACAUAGAUACCCACAGGGCCAUAGUGGCCAAGUACCUCCAGCAGGUUAGAGAAUCUGUGAUAAAUCGUUUUCUCAUUGCAAAACACCAUUUUCUUCUUUCGGAUUUGAUAGUCGAAGAAGAAGUUCCCAGUAUCAGCAUUUUGGGCCUGAGCCUUUUCAAACUGGCGGAACAAAAGCGACCACUGAGGCCCAGGAGAAAAGGUCGGAAGAAGGUCACAGCCCAGAAUCUGUCUGAUGGAGACAUAAAGCUGCUGGUGAACAUUAUCCGGGCUUAUGACAUUCCGGUGAGGAAGCCGACAACCAGCAAAUUCCAGCAGCCAUCGAGAUCUUCAAGGACUUUUGGCGAAAAGCAUGCUGCUUCCCCAGCCACACACAGCCCAACCCACAGUGCUGACUACCCCCUCGGCCAGGUUUUAGUACGUCCUUUUGUAGAAGUUUCAUUUCAGCGGACAAUUUGCCAUACAACUACGGCCGAAGGCCCAAACCCCAGCUGGAAUGAAGAACUUGAACUUCCAUUUAGGGCCCCCAACGGGGAUUAUAGCACCACGAGUUUGCAGUCAGUGAAAGAUGACGUGUUCAUCAACAUCUUUGAUGAAGUGCUCUAUGAUGUCUUGGAGGAUGACCGUGAAAGAGGAAGUGGAAUCCACACCCGUAUCGAGAGACACUGGUUGGGAUGUGUGAAAAUUCCAUUCAGCACCAUCUAUUUCCAAGCCAGGAUUGAUGGGACAUUUAAAAUCGACAUUCCUCCAGUUCUCCUGGGCUACAGCAAGGAGCGGAGUGUGACGGCAGAUCGGGGCUUUGAUCCCGUCCGAAGCCUGAGUGAAGGCUCCUACCUCACCCUGUUUAUUACCUUGGAGCCGCAGCUGGUUCCCGGGGAGUCGGUUCGAGAAAAGUUUGAUUCUCAGGAAGAUGAGAAAUUACUUCAAGCGACAGAGAAGUUUCAAGCUGAAUGUGCCUUAAAGUUUCCAAAUCGUCAGUGCCUGACAACAGUGAUUGACAUUAGUGGGAAAACGGUCUUUAUUACUCGUUAUCUCAAGCCUUUGAACCCUCCUCAGGAGCUCCUUGGCGCCUACCCCAACAACCCCCAGGCAACAGCUGAACUCGUGGCUCGAUAUGUGUCUUUGAUCCCUUUCUUGCCUGACACUGUCUCAUUUGCCGGGAUCUGUGACCUGUGGAGCACAUCUGAUCAAUUUCUUGAUCUCCUGGCAGGAGACGAAGAAGAGCAUGCAGUAUUACUCUGUAAUUAUUUUCUCUCCCUGGGUAAGAAGGCCUGGCUGGUGAUGGGCAAUGCCAUUCCUGAGGGUCCAACCGCCUAUGUGCUUACUCAGGAGCAAAGUCACUAUUUAUUAUGGAAUCCUUGCAGUGGACAUUUUUAUGGACAAUUUGAUACAUUCUGCCCCUUAAAAAGUGUGGGCUGUUUAAUAGGUCCCGAUAAUAUUUGGUUUAAUAUUCAACGAUAUGAUUCCCCACUGAGGAUUAAUUUUGAUGUCACCAAGCCCAAGCUAUGGAAAUCUUUCUUUUCAAGAAGCCUUCCAUAUCCUGGCCUUUCCAGUGUUCAGCCAGAAGAGCUAAUUUACCAGCGGACAGACAAAGUGGCUGCAGCUGAACUGCAAGACAGGAUCGAAAAAAUACUGAAAGAAAAAAUCAUGGACUGGAGGCCACGCCAUCUGACUCGGUGGAACAGAUACUGCACCUCCACUCUGCGUCACUUCCUGCCUCUGUUAGAAAGAAACCAGGGCGAAGACGUGGAAGACGACCACAGGGCAGAACUGCUCAGACAGCUGGGAGACUACAGGUUCUCUGGAUUUCCCCUUCACAUGCCAUACUCUGAAGUGAAGCCUUUAAUUGAAGCUGUGUACAGUACUGGGGUACACAAUAUUGAUGCUCCCAAUGUUGAGUUUGCUCUAGCUGUAUACAUCCACCCAUAUCCCAAAAAUGUUUUGUCUGUUUGGGUUUAUGUUGCCUCCCUUAUACGCAACAGAUAAUUGUUUCAUUGUACAUUUUUUUAUCAUGUAAAAAUGACAGUUAAGAUAGGAGAAUAUUUUAAAGUGCAACUGAUCCACCAGAGAGAAGAGAAUACUUACAAAUAAUGAAAUAAAAUCAUUAUUUUCAAAAUGUACAAAAUAAAUGUUUUU